UCUCUCUCUCUAAAAAUAUAUCUAUAUAUAUAUGUGUGUGUGACGAAUGUGUGUUUGUGUGUGUGACGACUCUGUCUUUUACUGUGUUGUGGUUUUACUUUUCUUAGUGGUGCCUUUUCUCAGUUAACUUGUGUGCUUCAGGGAUUGUAAAAGCUUAGUAGUUGAUUGGCGCUCUGUUUCUGUCUCUGUUAGUGUCUACAAAUUCUGGGUUUGUCUUGUCUUUUUUUUUUUUUUUUUUUUUGGUUUGUUUCUCUCUCUUGAUCAUAUUCUAAUCUUAUCUAUGAAGAAACAGUGCUGAGGUUUGAAUUGUUCCCAUAAUUGGGUUUUGUGCAAAAGAACUUUUAAGGGCUUGUAAAAGCUUAAUAAUUGGAUUGGUGUUUUGUUUCUGGUUAUUUUAGAGUCUACAAAUUAUGGGUUAGUCUUGCUUUUUGUGGGGUCUUGUUUCUCUGUCUUGGUGAUAUUCUAUCUUAUCUAUGAAGAAACAGUACUGAGGUUUGAAUUGUUCCCAUAAUUGGGUCUUGUGUGGAAGAACUAUUAUGUGUUCGGAAUGUCAGUACUGUUCAUCUACAGAGCUUCUAAUGAACUAUCAUCUGCUGAUUUACCGAAAAAGUCCGAAAAAUUCGGUGAAAAUUUGAUUUUUUGGUCCAGAAUUCAAUAGAUUUAAGGGAAUUUUUAUUGUUUGAGAAGUGGGUUUUGGCCAUUUUGAUUCUUGGAGAGCAGAGGAAAGGGCUUCUCUUCUUGUUCGGCUCUUCACAUCGCGGUAUUAUUUUGGAUGGGGACAGAACUUACUGAAGUUGUGGAAGAACUGCCAUGUCCUGGUGCUAUAAAGGUGCAUUAUGUGAUGUGUAUAGAACUAUUGAAAUUGGUCGAGAGAAUCUUAAAGAUAUUUCCAGAAAUAGAAGCAGCUCGUCCCCGAUGCUCAUCAGGAAUAGAGGUGCUUUGCUUGUUGAACAAUGCAAUUGGAAAAGCCAAGGCAUUGCUUCAUCAAUGCAGCGAGUCUAGUAAGCUCUACUUGGCAAUAACAGGGAAUGCAAUACUGUCAAGAUGUAAACGAUCAAGGAAUUUAUUGGAGCAAAGUUUAAGCCAAAUUCAAAGUAUGGUUCCAGUAGUGUUAGCUGUGGAGAUCUCUCAUAUAAUUGGUGACCUUAAAGCUGCAACGUUUACCUUGGACUCUUCUGAAGAAGAGGCUGGGAACGUUUUGCUAGCAUUCUUCCAGCAGUAUGCAUCCUCAACAGACUCAAUAGAAAAACUUGCAAUUGAAGCUAUUCAAUUUGCAGCUUUGAGACUUCAUAUUACAUCCCAAAAGGCUCUUUUGAUAGAGAAAAGAUCCAUUAGGAAGAUGCUCGAAAAAGUUGGCGAUGGUGAUCUGGGAAAGAAGCAGAUCUUGUUAUGCUUUAUGAAUCAGCUGAAGAAGUAUGGACAACUAAUUGUGAGAGCACAAACAGAGAAUGCCAGUGUACAUCAUGAAGAAUCUUUUCCAUUUGCAUCCUCUUGUGACCAAUCUGGUGAAGUGGAAUCUCGAGCAGAAUAUGGGUGUAAUGUGGCUCAAGCUGACUUGUUGAGUACAGCCAUACCUCCUGACGAAUUUAAGUGCCCCAUAUCUUUUAGAUUGAUGUAUGAUCCCGUUGUCAUUGCUUCUGGGCAAACCUUUGAAAGGAUGUGGAUACAGAAGUGGUUUGAUGAAGGUAACGAUACAUGUCCAAAGACUGAAAGGAAGCUGUCCCAGUUGUCAUUGACACCAAAUACUAACAUGAAGGACCUUAUUUCAAAGUGGUGUAUGAUGCAUGGAGUCACCAUUCCUGAUCCGUGUAUACAAUCAGCGGAGGUUCAGUCCUGGGAAACUUCUUUCACUUCCAUUGCUAGUUUGAGCAGUUCUAUGAAUGAUAUACGGCUUCCAAUGGAUUUCAGCAAUGUAUCGCUCGGUUCCUCAGAUACUAGUUACAAUUCAGAUUCCUCACGUGUUAGAAUCACAAAUGGUUUUAACUUGAUUUCAGAGCAGACCAAGGAUGAUUCUCACAGUAUUCAAUCUUAUGCAAAUACAUGCGAAACAAUUAUGGAGUUUUUAUCCAAACUUGAUGCACUUUCGUGGGAAUCUCAAUGCAAGGCUGUUGAAGAUGUCAGACACUAUUUGAACCAUGAUGAUCAAGCUUGUCAUUUGCUGUUGCUUGAGAAUUCUGUCAAACCACUUAUUAGGUUUCUAAAGGACGCACAUGACCUGCAUGAUGUAAAAGCUCAGAGAACUGGAUCUCAGUUGUUGUUAGCAUUUGUAAACAAAUGCAGAAGCAGGAUACCAUACUUAAAUGAAGAUGCAUAUGGCCUAUUGGCAUCACUUCUUGAUUCAGAUCUAACUGAAGAAGCUCUUGCUAUAAUGGAGGUGUUAUCUUGCCACCAAUAUUGUAGAUCUAAAAUUGCAUCAUCUGGAGCACUUACUUCCAUUGUAAAGUUAAUCGACACCCAGAUCAGGGAAUUCCAGGAACCAGCCGUUAAAAUACUAUAUAAUUUGUCCUCAGACAGUGAUAUUUGUCCCCUCAUUGUUGCUUCAAAGUUCAUCCCCAACCUGGUUCCUCUUUUUGAAGAUACUGCUCUUGCAAGAUACUGCAUAACCAUUUUGAAAAAUUUGUGUCAUAAUGAAGAUGCUAGGGUUUCUGUUGCUGAAACUGAUGGAUGCAUUGCUUCUAUUGCUAAAAUACUCGAGACUGACAGUCGUGAGGACCAGGAGCACGCGGGGGCUGUUCUCCUUUCUUUGUGCUCUCAACGUGAUCAAUAUUGUCAACUGGUCAUGGAUGAGGGUGUAAUUCCUGCCCUUGUCAGUAUGACUCUAAAUGGGAAUGACAAAGGGAAGACAAUUGCAAUGGAACUGCUUCGACUAUUGAGAGAUAUCGAAUAUAGUUACCCACAAGAAUUCUCUGGAUCUGAUCUUGUUUCCUAUAUUGAUUCGAGCGACCACCGCAAAGAGAGGAAAUCAUCUUCCAAGACAUCUGUUUUUUUUGGAAUGAAACUAUCACUAUUCUCUAAAUCCACUUCUUUGGCACCAAAGAAGAAAAAGUAAAACUUGGAUCUAUAUCCCUUUUUUAAACCCUGCGGUGACCCCAUCACUCAUCAAGACAAAUAGCGUAGAACAUGCCCUGGUAAGAUAUUCUGCUUCUAACCCAAUGGGCUUUUAUGUUUAUCUGGAAGAGAACAUUGAUAUCAUGGCAAUGCUGAUAUACUUAGUGGGUGAGUGGUUAUGUUUUCUUAUAAUACUAGUUCCCAACGUGCUUUAUGUUUUAGCUUGAUUAACCACUUAGGAUAUUUCUGCAGGAGUUUUGCAUAUUUACACUUGAUUAGAAUGUAUAGUUUUUAGGUGGUUGAUUUUUUAAUCUGAUGUUCUGAAUAGAGUUUUAUUCUUUAAUGCAUUAUAAGUGCACUACUAUUGGUGCAUAUUUUUGUAAAGUUA